CGCAGUUAGCCACACUGGGCUUAGGGCACUUGUUUUGCUACGGAGUUGGUCACCGGGAGUUUCUGUUAGCGGUGCUACAUCCAUACAACAUCGCGCCCUUUUGUUUUCACUGUUGCAAGGCUCGCUUGAUCUCAUGCAGCGACUCUGCGUAGAGAGCAAGAAGUAGUCGCUGCUUAUUGACGCCCCUGUCAUAUGUCGCCAUGAAGCUGGUAUCUGGUGGCACCGACUUGCUCUUUGAGCAGUACAACAUUAAGCAAAUCCAUGAGAUCGAGCAGAACAUUAGGACUGAAAUCGAGAAAAAGAAAGAAGAUCUGCGGCAGAUGGUUGGGGAACGGUACAGAGAUCUGAUCGAGGCCGCUGACACCAUCGGUAAAAUGCAGCAAACGUCUGCGAAUGUGAAACAGUACGUGGCCCAAUUAACGGAACAGUGCCAAAGCUUGCAGGGCAAGCCUUCAACACCAGUUGCUGCUCGUCCUGAGCACUGGGCUCUGUCACACCACUACACUGUCCUUGCUCAGGUGAAGCUCUUGGUGGACCUUCCUUCAAAGCUGUGGGGUGAAGCGGAGCGCGAAUGCUGGGGUCGUGCAGCCUGCCUUCAGCGCCUGGGGCAGCAUGUCCUCUGGCACCUGCAACUGGGCACAGGGUUGGAGCCAUGGAAGGCCCUGGUCUCUCGUCAGGGGACCUCCCUUGCGUCCCUUGGACAGUGCUUGCUCCAGGGAUGCUGGAGAAGACUGCUGUCCCUGGAGCCACCAGUGUCAUGGGAGGCUCCUCUGGAAUCACUCACAGGGCUGGCUCUUCUUCAAGGCUCAUCCCUUACUGAGUUGCUUAAGCACCUACUGCAGCGGCGCUUGGGCCUUGUGGAUCAGCUGGUGGGAUCAGACAGUGUUUCCACAAGGGAGCAGCUCUGUGGCCUGGCUGCUCUGCUUGUAUCCACACUUCAGCUAGUGCAAGCGGCUUUCCUGAGUUCACAACCAAGUGCACUGGAGUCGCGCUUAUCUGAGGUCACAAAGAGCAGUGCUUGUGAUCUGGUAAGCUUCUCCGAAAGCCCAUCAUUCCGCUACGCCCCAGCACCCGUGCGAGAGUUCCAUGUGCAAGUCAAGCUUGACACGCCACAGCUGGAGGUUCUUCAGAAGGAAUGUCGUCUGUUUGUGAAGAAUGUGGAGGAGAAGAGUGUGCAGCACGUAGUGUCUCAUCUGAGCCAACUCCACUCGUUACAAGCCCUGGCGCGACUCGGAGCUGAUCUUAGGGAACGCCUGCCAAAGGAGGAGGCAGAACUGGGGACAUUGGUCUUGGGAGAGCAGCUUUCAUCAUGGAACCAGUUUUUUCAUGUUCAUGUACGCAACCGCAUAACAGAGCUGAUUAGUCUUCACCUUAAUGCUGCCAUGGACUCCUGUCUACAGGCACUAAGCGCUCUCAAGGCUGGCGCUAGGGGUUCAGUACUUGAACAACCAUGUGAAGAUUUCACGUGGAAAGCAGUGUCACAGGAACUACUGAACACACAACGUUCUUCCCAGGAGGUCUUGGCUCUACAGACGCGAGGUCUGACACCACAGGUUCAGGCGCUGUGCAAGUCAUUUUGUCAGCACUUGGAAUGCCUCCUGGAGGAACUGAGGCCCUGGGGCUCCAUGGAGAAGGACUUGGAGCAAGCCACUGCAGCUAUGCUGAGCCGGUGGCAUGCUUUCGUUGACUUGGAAAUGGCCCAUUCUAGUGAUUCAGACUGGCUAGCAUUGCUGGGACAGGUGUGCCAGGGAUUUGCUGAGCUGUGCUCCGAGUUGCGCCUAUGCUUUCCAUCCAACAAGGGUGCCCAGGAUCCUUGGCAGAAGCAGCAAGUGUCUUUGCGUGCACUUCGGGACUCUGCAUACAAGUCAUGCUUUGCUUUGGUGGUGCAACAACAGGCAGCAUCUCUGGGUGAACAGCUUGAGACGCUGGACCACUUCCUGUCUGCCAUGCUGUGCUGGGGUGAAGUGGAGGUCCAAGAGGAGUCCGAGGGAGGCCAUCAGGUGCAGUCCACAUUGCGAGUGCCACUCCAGGUGACAGUGCCACUGCAGGAGCUGCUGUUUGCCCUGUGCCUGCAGGUGAACAGGCUGUUUGGCCACUGCAUGCCCAAGAAUGGUGCUGCUAAUCAACUACAAAGAGGGGUCAGGGGCAGCAAGUGCCAUGCGAGCUCUGUCGAGGCAUCGCUUUGGUGAAAAUGCAAGAAAGUUGCUGCAGCAGGCCUCUCAGCUUGAGGAAUCUGGAAAAUAUGCUGGGGAGAGAUCGCCAGAACCAUCUUGCCACACACUUCUCACUGGCUUGCACAAGAAAACCCCAUGUCGAUCAGCCUUGCUUUCUUUACGUGAAGCUUGCUGACAUCCCUCUCCAAGGCAUCCAGGUGCUUCAAGUAAUGCAGCGGAAGGUCCCUUACGAAAACAAAGCCCUGGAUGGACUGAGUCAUCUGCAGGACCUCCUGCGAGGACAACGUUGUUCAUCACUGCUGUCAUUGCCGUCACUGUCACCGUCGCUGUCCAAUGCAAGUACAUUUGCUACAAUUGGCUCAUCAGUUAGAAGUUCUUAUGUAUUUAAUGCGUCGUCCACAUGUAGAAACCCUUCGAGUCCUGAAGCAUCCCUGUCAACUGCGAACCAAAGUUCAGACAUCACUUCGUCGGUGGGAGCUUCACAGGCUUCGUAUAAGUCACUGCUGAAAGCAUGCAUUCCUAAAGCAGUUCAGCACCAUAGAAGUGCUUACUUCAGACCAUGCACCAAGGUGAAACUACACGGCCAUCAAUACAUCUUCCGGUCUUCAGUUCUGGUUCUGCCCUGCUUGUCUGCAUGGUCAUGUUCAUCAACAAGACUAACUUGUUCAGGACGCAGCGUGACCUUAAACUUGCCGAUAACGCCAGCGUCCAUGGGCUGCAAGCCUGCAGUCUUGUUCGGCGGCAGGAAAAAAUUCACCGAUGAUUACAAUAGUCCCCAAUGCGAAAUUUGAGCGCCACUAUAUACGUGUUUUCAUUUCUCAAUAUUGUUACGCAAAAAGAUGCAGACGAAAAGCUAUAUACAAGUAUAUUUACGAGGAAAUACACUGCACUUGGCCAAGAGGCAACAGCCCGCGCUAGCCUCUUAUCGUCGUCGUUGUCUUUUCACUGCUCGCCUCUUUGUCAUCGCAAAUACUGUUCCGUAGCAAUAUAAUGGCUGGUGCGGACACUCUGUCUCGUGCAGUACGUUGCAAACGGAGUGAAGUGUGGCGCAACUGCCUAGCUAAUCGUGAUGCGUGGGCGUGAUUCACGGCAGCCGUUGCAGACAGACCUCUGCUCAUGCAGUGCUUUGUUUCCAUACAGACGAUGUUAACAUCAAGUCCCAAGCCCUUCUUACUAUUCUAAACAGUCUUGGAACCCUUCCUCCAGAAGUACUGCUAGGGCAGUCAUUGGGAUCACUUUAUAUCCCUCAGGUUCGAGAGUGCACUCCUGUAAGGUGCCUUUCCAUUUUUGUGAACAGCCAGGAAUUGCACGGGCUUAUGUCCGGAGACUAGGGAUGUUUAUGAACCACUGAAAUCCUGUGCCCUGCUAAGAAAGACGGAAUCAUGUGAGCUGCACGAACAGGGGCACUAUCCUGCAGUUGCCUGAUCUACCAAUUUCUCUGUCAAAUUUCUGGGUAAAAUUUUACUAGCACUUGCUACAUACUCAAAUCAUCUUUAAAUGGCAUUCAUUGCAUCUUUGUUGCUAUACCUAGCUGUGCAACUUCUCUGACAGUAAGUUGAUGAUCUCUCCUUAUAGUGGUCCACACUUCAUUAACAAUCGCAUCAUCAUGGCUUGUUGAAGGCCUUCCAUAACGUUGCUCUCAUCGUCACGGAUGUUUUGCCUUUUUUUUAACAUUUUGAAUUAUAAGCAAAUUGUACUUCUUGCCUCAAACAUUUACGUUUUUAUUUUAUUUGAAAUGUAAGCAUUGUUACCCACAUUAAGUCAGCAUCAGGUUUAUUAACACAAAAGGCGGGUUACAAACUAAUGACAUGUGGGAGGAGGCUCUGGGAUUUAGUGGCUGUAAUGAGACUUCUUGUACAAGGUAUAAUAAGAAUGCAUAUAGCAGUUGCAACAUGUAAUGUGAAGAAAAGUGAAAAAUAAGCAAACAUACAAUUAGUUGUGAACUAUAUUACUAUAAAUAUGAGCUAAAGAUAAAUAUAAUGUCAAAGACAUUGAGAAGUUGUGUGCAAAACAAUAGAAAACAUUAUACCAUACUGGAAAUGAAAAGCAAGAAUUACACUCCACUGAUUUCAAGAAAUUAAUAUAAUGAAAAUACAUAAAGCAUAUGUUUAAAGUAGGUGCAAUAUAAAGCACUACUAACAGAUUAUUAUUAUUAUUAUUAUUAUUAUUAUUAUUAUUGUUGUUGUUGUUGUUGUUGUUGUUGUUGUCAUAUACGUACAUGCUCUCUUUUGCCAUGUGAUUUACUACAUUGUCAGCGCUUGCCUCACAAUGUGUCUAAUGCCUCAGUGGCCUCUUUUUUUUACCUCGUACAUUUUAAUGUUCUUGGUGCAUUGCAUUUACACAUAUUUUACAUGAAUCAUUUUCCAUUUCUUCAUUCACUUUCCCUUAGGUUUGUAUCUUUAACUGUAGAAAAAUUUUUUUUGAUUGUACUUGCUCACUAAUCUUAUGUUCAUUUUCGGUUUACCUUACCUUUGUCGAUGGAUAUGAGCUUGCUUUAGAAACUUUCCAUACCCUUUGCUAUGUGCCAAAAUUAUGGCAAAAUUGUUUUUCUGUACUUGCAAAUUUUUCUUUUGUCUCUGUAUAACUUAUUUAUUAAAAGUUGUGCAUUAUAUUUUCAUUAGAUUACCUGUGUGCCAGUAUUAAAACCUCAUGCUUUAUUUCCGUGCACAGAAUUGGUUAUUUUUAUUGAAUUGAAGCCAUUGUAGCGCAAAGAAAAGGACAGGACGUCCUUGCACCACAAUGGCUUCAAUACAUAUCAACUAACUCGCCCAAGAUAGUUUUACUACUAUCUUUAUUGACUCAUGCAUUGUCCGUGUUUUUUCUCCAUUUUUCAGUUGUGAAUUCAUUGUGGCUUUUGUUGAUUGUAACCUAUUUAUUUUCAUAAUUUUCGUUUUCUAUUUCAUCUAUAGACCUUCUAUUUCAUCGUUUUCUUUCAUCGUGUAGCACCCAUUUUAUGUGUCAUCUUUUUAUCCUACUUUGACCACGCACUACAAUGUGUUUUCACUUCAUCUCAUCCUAAUGUUCUUAAAGUUUUUAGAUACGUUGACGAUUUUUUACUUGUUAUUGACAAUAGAUGCCCCUUGCCAUGCCAUGAAAUGGUUGAGCAGCUUUUAGAUGUUUUUAGAGCAAACGCAAAAGGACUUACUUUUACUAACGAGCUUCUGAAGGACAGUUCGUUGCAGUUUUUAGACCAUAACCUAACACUUAAGAGUGAUCACAUUUGCUGUGCAUACCUCCCUCGAGGUAAAAAAGAAUUGCUACAAUAUGACUCAGUGCACUCUAAGACUGUGAAGUGUGGAAUCGCCUUACUUUGCCUGGAAUCGGCUCUGCGCAAGUCAUGUGUGCAUGUAAUGCAGGCGAGUUUUUUCCAUCAACUUGAGAGACUUCAAAAAGCAGGCUACCCUCAGUCUGUCUUAAAUGCCGUGGUCGAGUCCCUCCUACAGAAGCUGAAAACUACCGCUGCGGGUGGGAAAACGCACUCGAAGGAAAGGGAGCGAGUAAAGCCAGAAGCAGUACCUUAUGUGCACCGUGUGAGCCAUAACCUCAAGAAGGUUGCUACCAGAUAUGGCAUUCCGGUUGUCUUUUCGGCUCCCAACAAGUUAGCUCAAUUGCGCCCCCGGAUCACACGCGAGGGGCUGCGGGGCUGCCAGAAGCAGCACGCCAAACAUUUCAGGGACUGCGUUGAAGGGGUGGUCUACGAAAUACCCCUAGAUUGCGGCAAGUCAUACGUCGGGCAAACGGGACGUUGCAUUAAUGACAGACUGAGGGAGCACGCUAAUAGCAUCGGCAAGAGUGAGAACGCGCAUCUUCCUGCGCACUGUAAAGCCUGUUGUUGUAGGCCAUGCUUUGAACGAGUAUUGAUUCUUGGCAGAAGUAGGGACCAAACUGCAAGGGAGUUGUUGGAAGCGUUUUAUAUUAAAAAGAAAGGGUCUGAUUGUGUCAGUGAUACAUCUAUCGUAUUAUAUUCCGCAGAAAUGUGCUUCAUACAAAGUAUGUUAUCAUGACCACGUUGUUCUGUCACACCUUGGCUCCCUGCGCAUGAGCGGAAGUUGUAUUUUCUUCUAUACGUUUGUUCAGGCUGUCAUUAAACAGUUGGUAGUUUGGCGCUUCA